AUGAAAACUAAAAUAUCGGAACUAAAUACAAGCGAAGACAUACAAAGUUUCAAAGACUGGACAAAGCUGCAGCAAUUGAAGAUUGCACCUGGGUUUUCUUUCGAGGGCAUAAUGACGCCAAACAAGGCAGAAAUUCAAGAGAAAGACACUAAGCAGGAAGCAGAAAUCAACGAGCUUGAUGAAGUUUUCGGUAAAACUACAAUAUAA